CCCAUAUUAAUUAUAGCUCUGAAUUAGGAUGGACGGGUCUAAAUUGAACUUAACAUCCUUGAGGGAUAAGAUAAGUAGUAAGCUUGGAAAACCUAACAAGAAAGAAGUCAAGAGCGGAAAGAAGAACAAGAAGGAACAAGAAAAGCCAGUUACUGAAUCUAAGAAUGAAAAGAAAUCCAAUGUAAAGUCUAAGAAGGUUGAAGAAGAAACUGAAGAAUCCGAAGAAACUGAAGAAGAUGUCUUACGUCGUGAAGCUUUAUCUCUUGGUGCCACCGAAGAAGAUUUAGCCUUGCUUGCUGGCGUUGAAGAAGGUGAGGAAAGUGAACAAGAAUUUUCCGGUGAUGGGAAGCUUGAUUCCAAAUUCGCCGAUGACUUAACCAAGUUCAUUUCAGGAAUUGGAUUAGGGAAGGAUGAAGCUAUGGUUGUGGAACUGGAAGAUGAAGUACCUGAAUUAGUCGAAGAAGAAGAAGACGAAGAGGAAGAAGCAUCUGAAGAUGAAGAAUCAUCAUCUGAAGAUGAAGAAGAGGAAGCAGUAGAACAAAAGGAAGCAUCCGAAAAGGAAGAAUCUUCUUCUUCUUCUGAAGAAGAAGAGGAAGAAGCAUCUGAAGAUGAAAUAGAAGUCCAACAAACUGCUCUUAUCAAGAAAAAGGCUAAGGAUUACAACGCAUCCGAUAAAGUUGAAGAUCUCUCUUCUGUAAACAGUUCCAAAUUAGCAAUUCCUAACAGAACUGAUUGGUACAAUGUUCCAUUUGACAAGACAUACGAAGCUGAAAAGCAAGAUAGAUUCGGUCUUGAAAGAUUAACCGAACGUGCUCAAAAGACUCUUGAACUGGAAAACAAAAUAUACUUACAAGAAUUUACUUCUAACAACUCUCAAAAGAAGUUUUUGUCCCAAAUUUUGUCCGACGGUACCUUAAACGAUAAAAUCUCUGCAUUGACCUUGUUGAUCCAAGAAUCCCCAUUACAUAACAUGAAGGCCUUCGAUACUUUGUUAGGUUACUGUGAAAAGAAGUCUCGUACUGCUGCUUUACAAUCUAUUAAUGCUAUGAAGGAUUUAUUAUUGAAUGGUGUUUUACCUGAUAGAAAAUUGGUUGCUUUCACCAAACAACCAUUGAAUAGAAACUUGCCAAGUGAACAAUUGGCUGUUUAUUUCUUUGAAGAUUACAUGAAGAAGUCCUAUUUCAAAUUAAUUUCCGUCUUGGAAGUUUUAUCUCAUGAUCCAAUUGUCCAUGUGAGAAUGAAUGUCGUGAACCAUGUCUUUGAUUUGAUUAAGGCCAAGCCAGAACAAGAAGCUAACUUGUUAAGAUUAGGUGUUAACAAGCUUGGUGAUAUUGAUAACAAGGUUGCUGCUAAGGCAUCCUAUCAAAUUUUGCAAUUAGAGCAAGCUCAUCCUGCUAUGAAGAAAAUUAUCACUGAUGCUGUUAUUGACAUUGUUUUCAAGACUAACAGUGAUUACCACGCCAAGUAUUAUGCAAUCUUGACUUUGAAUCAAACUAUUUUGACUAGAAGAGAAGACGAAUUAGCAAACUCUUUGGUUAAGACCUAUUUCACACUUUUCGAAAAGAUUUUGGUUGAAAGCGAUUCAUUCAAUGCUGAAAAUAAGAAGGAUGAUAAGACUUUAGGAACUUCUGAAAAGGGCCGUAAGAACAACCGUAAGAACUUUAAGAAGGGUAAGAAGGGUGGAAAGUCUGUUAAGCACCAAGAAAAGACCGAGAGCGAGCUUGUAGAAGAAAAGAACACUAGAUUGUUCCUGGCCCUCUUGACCGGUUUGAACAGAGCCUUCCCAUUUUCUAGUUUAUCAAAUGAAACUUUCCAAAAGCAUUUGGAUACUUUAUUUAAGAUCACUCAUUCUACCAAUUUCAACACUUCCGUUCAAGCUUUAGUGUUGAUCAACCAUAUCAUUACUCAACAAAAGUUGGAUUCCAACAGAUAUUACCGUACUUUAUAUGAAUCCUUAUUGGACCCAAGAUUGGUUACUUCAUCCAAGCAGGGUAUCUACUUGAACUUGUUGUUCAAAUCUUUGAAGAAUGACACUGGUAAUAUUCCAAGAGUCUUGGCUUUUGUUAAAAGAAUUUUACAAAUUUGUUGUCAUUGGUUAAAUGUUGGUGCCAUUUCUGGUAUGUUAUAUUUAUUAAUGGAACUUGGAAAGACUUAUCCACAAAUUCAAGAUUUAACUAUCGAAGAAGCAUCUAGACCUGAGUUAGAAGAAGACUCCACCACUGCUAAGGAUACAGAAAGAGUUUACGACAGUAAAAAGAGAGAUCCUAACUUUGCUAAUGCCGACAAGUCUUCCUUAUGGGAAUUGAAUCAAUUCUUGAACCAUUACCAUCCUACAAUUGCCAUUUAUGCAGAAUCCUUAUUGAACGGUACUCAACAACCAAAGCCAGAUUUGGGAUUAUUCACCUUGGCUCACUUUUUGGAUAGAUUUGUUUAUAAGAAUGCUAAGCAAAAGGCCACAACCAAGGGUUCUUCCAUUAUGCAACCUCUUGGUGGUGCUCAUACUGGUUCAUUGCUUGUUAAGGCUACUAAUGUUUCCAAUAAGGAACUUCCUGCAAAUACUGAAGAUUGGUUGAAUAGAAAGGCCAGUGAAAUCAAACCAGAUGAAAAGUUCUUCCAUCAAUACUUUACCUCCAAGAAAAAUAAGUUGAUUUCCGAAAAGGAAGAACAAGAAGAAAUGGAUGAAGAAGAAGCUGAACAAAUGGAAGACACUGAAAUUUGGAAUGCUUUGGUGAAAUCAAGACCUGAAGUUGAAGAUGGUUCUGAUGAAGAAGGAUUCUCUGAUUUCGAUGAAGAUGACUUCUCGGAAAUGAGUGAUGAUGAAGAAUUAGAAGAAGAUGGAGAAGAAUCUGCUGCUAAAUUCAUUGAUGAUGAAGCUGAAGUAGAUGAAGAAGAUGACGAAGAAACUGGUGAACAAAACGAUGAAGAAGAUGAUGAAGAAGAAAUCUUUGGAAUGAACUCUGAUGAAUACGACAGUGACGAAGUUCCAAUUAAGAUGCUUGGCGAAGAUGACGAUGAAGAUAGCGAAGAUGAAGAUGAAGAAAUUGAAGAGGAAACUGUGUCUAAGAAGCGUUCAAAGUCAGACGAGUCUAGUAAGUCCAAGAAGGCUAAGCUCAAGAGCUUGCCAGUUUUCGCGGAUGCCGACGAAUACUCCAAGUACUUGGACUCGGACGACGAAGACUACAGUUAGU